CUCUCUCUCUCUCUCUCUCUCAACUCUCUACUAAUUCAAAAUCUUCCUCUCUUCUCUCCUAAUUCCUUAAUACAUAGCAAAGCAAAUUAUACUUUCUUAGAGGAUUAUUUAAACUAAACCUGCUAGGCUAAAGAUUUUCUACAUACCAAAAAUUAACUGCACCAUGGGACGAGCACCUUGUUGUGAAAAAAAUGGUCUCAAGAAAGGGCCUUGGACUCCGGAGGAGGACCAAAAAUUGGUCGAUUAUAUUCAGGAAAAUGGCUACGGAAACUGGAGAACACUCCCUAAGAAUGCAGGAUUGCAAAGGUGUGGAAAGAGCUGCCGACUUCGAUGGACAAACUAUCUGAGACCAGAUAUCAAGCGAGGGAGAUUUUCAUUUGAAGAGGAAGAGACUAUUAUUCAGCUUCACAGCAUAUUAGGCAACAAGUGGUCUGCAAUUGCUGCUCGGUUGCCGGGAAGAACCGACAACGAAAUCAAGAACUACUGGAACACCCACAUAAGAAAAAGGCUUCUCCGAAUGGGAAUUGAUCCGGUGACGCACAGUCCACGGCUGGAUCUCCUAGACCUCUCAUCAAUCCUAGGCUCUUCUCUCUACAACUCAUCAUCACCACAUGAUCAGAUGAACAACAUGACGAGGUUGCUCGGACAUCCCGGUCACAUAGUAAACCCCGAACUCCUGAAGCUAGCCACUUCUCUCAUGUCAUCAACUUCUCACCGUAACAACCAUAACAGUUUCUUCCUUCAAAAUGAUCAUCAUCAUGACCAAAACCAUAUUUUUGGUGGUAUUAAUAAUAAUUACAACAAUCCCCAAUUCCAACAACUUAAUGUCCAAAGUACUAGUACUGCUGGUACUAACCAGUAUAAUUUCCGAGCCCCACUUGAUCAUCGCCACCAUCAUCAAGAAAUCCAAGCCUGUCCCACUUUGGAAAAUCCCAACAACGUUGACCUAUCAAACCUCACGAGUUUCAGCUCUCCAAGCUCCCAAAUGAGCGAGUGGCAAAGUAGUACUUUUAAUGAAGACUAUGUUCCUUUGUUACCAAGUUACAGUACUGUUUGGGAUCCUAAUUCGUCUGAAACCUCGGCAACUUUCGGCCAGUCCAACCAGAACAAUUUCGGUUUCGCUACGACGUCGGUUUUGUCGACGCCUUCUUCGAGCCCCACGGCGAGGUUGAACUCGAACUCGACGACGACGACGUACUUGAAUAGUGGCAGCACGGAGGACGAACGUGAAAUUAUUAGCUACUGCAGUGACAUGUUGAAGUUUGAAAUCUCAGAUAUCUUGGAUGUUAAUGAGUUCAUGUAAUUUUAAUAAUGUUUUGGAAUGAAAGGAAAGCUCAGGAUUAAACUGAUCCAAGAGAGAUCGAUUUUUUUUUUUUUUCCUUUUCUUUUCUUUCAAAGUUUCUAGGUCUUGGAUUUU